AAAAUUCUUUCUCCAUAUGAGAAGAGAGAGAGAAGUACCAAACAUAGCAGCGAAUUCACGCUUUUCAAAUCUUCCGCUAUUCCUCUCAUUCCUGUCUCUCUUUCUCUUUCUCGCUCUUUGGGAUCAACGAAUCCUGUUUUUGUAGGGUUGUGCUGAGGCCUAGCCGGUAAUCGAAGCCGAAUUCUGGAGUUUAAUCCUUGAAAAUGGGUUAUAUUGGUGCUCAUGGUGUAGCAGCUCUGCAUAGAUACAAAUAUAGUGGUGUAGACCAUUCAUAUGUAGCCAAAUAUGUAUUGCAGCCUUUUUGGACUCGCUUUGUUACAGUUUUCCCCCUAUGGAUGCCUCCAAACAUGAUUACUCUUAUGGGAUUUAUGUUCUUAAUGCUCUCUGCAUUCAUCGGCUAUAUGUACUCACCUCAAUUGGACACAGCUCCACCAAGAUGGGUUCAUUUUGCCCAUGGCCUACUGUUGUUUUUAUACCAGACAUUUGAUGCUGUUGAUGGGAAGCAAGCUAGACGGACAAGUUCUUCCAGUCCAUUGGGGGAGCUGUUUGAUCAUGGAUGUGAUGCACUUGCUUGUACUUUUGAAUCAAUUGCUUUUGGGAGCACGUCCAUGUGUGGGAGAGACGCUUUUUGGUUCUGGUUUUUAUCUGCUGUUCCGUUUUAUGGUGCAACUUGGGAGCACUAUUUCACCCAUUCACUUAUACUACCAGUUAUAAAUGGUCCUACGGAGGGUCUCAUGCUGAUAUACACCUGUCACUUCUUUACUGCUCUUGUGGGUGCUGAGUGGUGGAUUCAUGAAUUUGGGAAGUCUGUACCUUUCUUAAGCUGGUUGCCUAUUGUUUCGGGGAUACCAACAUACAAAGCUGCUUUAACUUUGCUGAUGGUUUUUGGUGUUGGACCAACAGUUUUUGGCAAUGUGUCUAAUGUCUGUAAACUUGUGAGGGCAAAAAAUGGAAGCGUGUUACGUGCCUUGGCUAUGCUUUAUCCCUUUACCGUCCUUGUUGGAGCAGUUCUCUUGUGGGAUCAUUUGUCGCCAUCUGACAUCAUGGGCAACCACCCGUGUUUAGUAAUUAUAGGAACAGGACUUGCUUUCGGGUUUCUAGUGGGAAGGAUGAUUUUGGCCCAUCUGUGCGACGAACCUAAGGGCUUGAAGACUGGAAUGUGCAUGUCCCUUCUGUAUCUUCCACUCGCCAUUGCUAAUGCACUCACGGCAAGACUAAAUGAUGGGGUACCAUUAGUAGAUGAGAGAUUGGUUCUUCUUGGUUUUUGCGCAUAUACAGUGACGCUUUACCUGCAUUUUGCCACUACCGUCAUUCACGAGAUCACAAAUGCCUUGGGGAUAUGCUGUUUCAGGAUAACUAGGAAGGAAGCUUGAUGUUUUUGGAUCAUUUUUCUCUAGCUUGCAAAUCAGGAAAAAUUGCUGGCAAAAAAUUUUGGUCUAUACCAAAUUUCCCAAUUUUGAUAGAAUUGAAUUUAGUCAUGGUUUUUCAAUCAAAUCAUGGUACUUUGUAAUUAUUAUUUAUUUUUAUUUUUAAUAUUAAAAAAUGUGCUAAUUCCAUUUUUUAAAGCCAUCUAGAGAAGAAAAUUAUUUACUCUAUUAAGAUGGGUCAAUUAGAUUGUAUGUUAUCAUUCUUCCAAAGUCCUAUGAUAAUUCAAUUAGAUUGUAUGUUACAUUUGAUUUGCUUUGAACAAUGAUGGAUGAUAAGUGCUCAUAUUAUGCUUUG